AUGCCAUCCUCUUCCUCCACCUCGCGCUCCAAGGCUGUCAAGCGGCCUUUCAACGCUCUCAAAGGAAUACGCUCAGCACAACGAUACUGGAUGCACAAGGAGAUCGCGGAAGUCGAUGCAAAGUGGCACACAUUGGCUCGCUCUCGCCACGACUUGCGCAAAUACGACGAAUACUCAGGGCUGGAAAAGGCGGAGUUGGAGGCUGCGCAGAAGGAACUUGUCUGGCGCGAGGUCCACCAGCUUCGUCUGACUCGACUUCCCCAGUUCGACUAUAUGUGGCAGGAGAACAUCAGGAUCUCCCUUGAGGCAUACAGUGACGGGAACAUGGAUUUCAAUGCCAUCGUGGCCAUCGAGAGAUAUAAGCGUCUAUGGAACUGCUUGGAGCAAGAAGCGAGCGCCACUGCUUCUCGCAGUCGGAAGCGCCAGAGCGACGAAGAAUACGCCGCCGCACUAAGCUCCGUCCUGCUCAAGCACCGUAUGUCACAAGAAGCCGCCACGAACGACUUUUACGGGAGGUUCGACCAUCCGAAUCCGUUGUGGCUUGAUCCCAAUGCUCUGUCCUUUUUUCUGGGCCCAGAUGCACCUCAGCAGUUCAAAGCUCUCGAACACCAGAUGUGUUUCGUCUCUGAAGUUCAACGUUUCCGCGACGCGUCCUACUUUCAGGCGGAGAGCGAUGUUGAGCGGGACGAGAUGCUCAAGAUCUGGUUUCGCGGCUUCUUCAUCCCUCGGAGGGAGUACAUGCAAGAGAUGUUCGACUACGCGGACGCCUGCCUUAGAUCCCUUGAGGGUAUGGACGACGGGGCGGGUAAUCUCAUGAUGAGUGCAGCGAUGUGGUUGCAUGAACAUCAGACAAACGGGAAGUUCAAGAUUUCCCCUCCAUCGUUGCGCUACUAG